AUGGGUCUUCCACAGCGCCGUUCUCUGACGGUGGCUGAGCCGGCACGCAACUCGCUGCCUGGCGCGCCGCACCCGAAUGUCAUGCUCGUCAUCCGCUUCCUCGUUACCGGUCUCGUCUGCCUGCUCUCCCUUGCCACAGCCAUCAUCUGCAUCCUUGUGGUCAACUACUACAACACACACGAUCCCAUCAUCCGCCCCUCGUGGGGUUCGCUCAUCUUCCUCAUCGUCCUCGGCCUGUUGACGCCCAUCAUCUACUUUGGCUACAACAUCUUCCUGCCGCUCAUGCCGUUUAUCAACUACGGUGACUUCCUGUACGGGUUGUUUAUGGUCAAGAUUGAGCUGCUGCUGCAGUUUUCCAUGUGCGUGCUGUGGGUAUCGGGCGCGCUGGCGUACGCGUGCGAUUUGCGCGGGCGGGAGAACUGCCAGUUUGACGGCUAUUGGCAUUACGAGAAACCGGACAACUUUGGUCACGUUUGCGACCUCAUCAACUACGCCGUCGGCUUUGCGUACGCCACGUUUGGCGUGCAGGUGUUCCUGUUUGUCAUCGAGACCCUGUACGGUGUGUACAUCUUCCUCUUCUUGGACCAGGAGAGCCUGAAUGAGCCGCACUUCGAGUGGGGCAGGAGGGCGUACAACCAUGCGCAGCAGUCGAAACAGCAGCAGCGACAGGCUGCCAUCGGUCGAUCCCCCAGCCGUGGCGUCAACGCGCGUGCGUUGGGCGGUGCAGGUGCCGGUGCAGCGGGCGCGGCCGCAGUGUACAGGAACCAAGGCAGGCGCAGCCCGGCCAGCGAGUCUGGCAGCUCGAGCCAAGACGCCUCUUCGCGCGGCGUCGGCAGGAGGGGCGCCGCUUACGCAGAGUCCGAGAUGGAAUCGAGAGGAUCGGCACCCAUCUCGCUGGGCAGCCGAGGCAGGAGGGGCGCAGCGUACGGCGGAAUGGCCGAGGAGGACGAAGAGUCCCAGGUGGGCGGUAGGCCGCUGUCGGCUUCGUCGUCGCAGGGUGUGGGUGAUGGACCGUUGGCGGCGGCGGCAGCGGCGGGUGGGGAGCGCGGAGGAGGAGGUCAUCGACCGGCGAGCUCGCGGGGUGGCUCGAGGAGGUCACGCCGAGGUCCGCUGUCGGAUGAGGAGAGCGGGUGGCAUCUACGUGAGGAGGAGUCCGAGCGCUAG